CACCUAGAAUCCAGCUUUGCGAUUACUAUGAUCCGCGGAUAAUCGGUAUCCAAAUAAUCCGUUUCUUUCGGGAUUUUUGAUUUUAUGGUUUUAGAAUCCAAUCCGGUUUUGAACCGCUAACCACGAUCCGAACGCCGAAUCGCAGAUCGAAGCCCGAAACGAAACAAGGUGAAGCAGAGAGCGAGGUAACGGGUAAGCAAUAUAAGCAGCUAUGGGCAAUGGCGUGGAAUAAAUGAACAGGUGGCCUUGCCUCACUGCCUCUUGAAAAAUACUCUCUCUCUAGUUCCAGAGAGAGAGAGAGAGGCUGAGUGAGCUGUGAGCAGAAAAAAAAAAAAAAGAUUAAAAGAAAAAAUCCAACGGUAACUAUCGGACAGCGAGCCACAUAGCCAAGUCUUCCGUCACAGCAACCUUACCUGACCGGCUUACCCGCCAUUUUCUUUUAACUCUCUCUGGGUUUCAUGGCGGAAUCGGGGGCUCCGGGCACGCCUGAGAGCGUGCACUCCGGUGAACAAGGCGGUGGCGGCGCGCAGUCGGGUGGAACUGGUCCUCGGGAGCAGGAUCGGUUUCUUCCAAUUGCCAACAUUAGCCGGAUCAUGAAGAAAGUCAUUCCCCCAAAUGGGAAGAUCGCAAAGGAUGCCAAAGAUUGCGUGCAGGAAUGUGUCUCUGAAUUUAUCAGCUUCAUCACCAGCGAGGCGAGCGAUAAAUGCCAGAGGGAGAAGAGAAAGACGAUCAAUGGAGACGAUUUGCUGUGGGCCAUGGCGACGUUGGGGUUUGAAGAUUACAUUGCACCUCUCAAGAUGUACUUGCAGCUCUACAGAGAGAUGGAGCAGGGUGACAGUAAAGGUUCACGUGGUGCAGAUCAAUCUGGAAAGAAUGAUGGAAAUGGAGCAUGUGAUGGUCCCAAUGUAGGGAAUUUAUAUGGAACUGGAUCCUGUUGUAUACACUUGUCUUCGUUUUCCUUGCAUUAAAUGCUUCUAAUGAAUAGUUUUUCUUGCAUUGGAUAAUUUCACGUGUACUUUGUGCCAGCUGCCAGGUUAGGGUGGGUAGGGGUAGCCUGUAAAACAAUCGACCCAACUCAGGUUAUGAGUGGGUUGGGUUCAAGCUACAAUAAGUUUGAUUGGUUGGACUUGUUUUCAUAGUUUGAAACUUUGAAUAUUUGCAAUUCUC